GAUAAUCAAUGCGGUGAAACAAGUUGCGUUCUUGUAUCAACUCUCUUCAUAAUCUACUUCAGCAUGAUGUUUCAAAGAGCCACAGCAGACUCGAUAAAGAAAAUGGCAUUUACAACCGAUAUCGUAUCGAUGGGAAACUGUUCAGUCUAAGGCGACUGGAAGUCUAUAUAAGAUCUUAAACCAUCACUUUCGAGACCUAGCUUUUUGCCGAUAUGAUGCCGCCUUCGUUACUUACACAGAAACAACUCUGCAACGCUCAACAUCUUGCUUUGCACAUCUUGCAAGCUUUUGAACUAGAAGUCAAUCUUGAAGAUAGAAGUUCUCUACCAGUCUGCACCACAGGAAAACUAUCUUCAUAUCACCAUAAAUGGAGGAUCACCGCCUCCCUAAGAUUAUGCUCCAUGGUAAAGUAAAUGCCGGCUUCCGCAAAAGGGCCUCAGAGAAGAUACAAGGGACUGAAACAAUACUUUAGCUUUAUUCAUGUAGACUACCAUCGCUGGUCCACUCUUUCUCGAAUCAAGAGACAUGGAGACACAUCAUCCAUAACGCUUCUAAUCCCUUUGAGAAAACGCGUAAUCAGCCUCGAGAAGACACCGCAGAAAAAACCAUGCUUCACCAAUACCGGCUAUGGAGACUUUCCACUCUGCGUUUGGCAACGAAUUUGCCUAUCUUACACUGGCCUAUUUAGCCAUCAGUGCGUUUGCAGCAAGUUGAGUAUGACCCUUGACAUGUCUUUCAUUUUGCGAAGUCUAACUACGGCGAACGAUGACAGGUGACUGUUGUACAGACAACAAAGCACAAAUGAUUGUUAUACAGAUAACAAAGUAGAGGUGUUCAGGUAAUUGUUUUGCAGACAAUAAAGUACAAAUGAUUAUUGUACAGAUAACAACAAAGUACAAAUGACCGUUAUACAGAUAGCAACAGUGUCAGAGUGAAAUUUAAUAAGCAGAAUGGAUUUUAUUGGAUAUGCUUUGCAAAUCCCAAUACAGAGCAAAAAAAAAGG